AUGCCCCACGAACCGGAAAUCACUGUGUCGGAGAUCCAGCAGGCGCUGCGGAAACUCUCGAUGAACAAGUCACCUGGUGUUGACGAUAUUCCGGCAGAGCUGGCCAAGGCGAAAGGAGACAACAAGGACUGCAAGAAUUAUAGAACAAUUUCACUUACUCCGCAUGCUAGCAAAGUUCUGCUACAUUUCAUCAACCAGAGGAUGGAAAGUUAUGCAGCUCGUGAAAUUCCAACUGAACAGGCAGGCUUCGCGAAAGGUAAAGGGACCAAAGACCAUAUCGCCAGUCUGCGGCACAUUAUCGAAAAAGCCCGGGCGUAUAUCAGAACCAGACAGCCCGAGUUCGCACGGUAUAUGGUGAUUCAGACGGUUUUUACAUCGGACAAGGAGCGAUUAGUCAACAAUCUCCGGUACGCCGACGACACCACAGUGAUCACGGAUAAUCUCACAGAUAUGGAAACUAUUCUGGAAAGAAUGAGACUUGAGGACGUGGAUAGUUUCAACUACUUGGGAGCGUUCGUCAACCGAGUUGGUGGCUGCGAAAAGGAGAUAAGAAGUCGUAUUGGACAAGCUAAAAGUGGUAUGACAAGGCUGACAACAGUUUGGAAGAACCACCAUGUGUCAAAAAUGUCCAAAAUACGCCUGGUCCAAGCAAUCAUAUUCCCCAUUGCAACCUAUGCUUGCGAAAACUGGGCGCUAACCGUAGCGGACGAGCGGAGGAUUCAAGCAUUUGAGAUGUGGUGCUGGCGUAGACUGCUUAGAGUACCAUGGACGGCGCACCGCACGAAUGAGAGUAUAAUCAAUGAGAUUGGGGUCAACACCACUCUGCUAGGUCGGAUCGCGAAUCGUAUGUUGAAGUAUUUUGGCCACAUAAUGAGGAGGGAGGGUGACAACCUGGAGAAGAUCAUACUGCAGGGAAAAAUCGAAGGAAAACGAGGCAGAGGCAGGCAGAAGAGAAGAUACGCCGACAGCAUCAAGGCGCUGAGCGGAUGUGGCAGAAUGGUUGGAGCAAUGAGACUAGUGGAAAAUUGUGUGGAGUGGCGAUCCGUCGCUUUUGCUGAGUCAGCAAGGCGUCUACGAUGA